UUAACAUAUUUUGUGGUUUAUUUCAGGUAUACCAAGAUGAAAACUGCAACCAACAUCUAUAUCUUCAACCUGGCCUUAGCAGAUGCCUUAGUGUUGAUAACUCUCCCAUUCCAAGGGACUGAUAUUAUUAUGGGAAUUUGGCCCUUCGGCAAUGCGCUCUGUAAGAUUGCUAUAGCUAUUGACUACUACAACAUGUUCACCAGUACCUUCACGCUGACCAUGAUGAGUGUGGACCGUUACAUUGCUAUCUGUCAUCCUGUGAAAGCCCUUGACAUCCGUACUCCACACAAAGCGAAAGUCGUCAAUGUCUGCAUCUGGAUUCUAGCCUCCUGUAUUGGAAUCCCUGUUAUGGUCAUGGGGUCAGCAGAGAUGGAUAAUGAGGAUAUUGAGUGUAUGGUGCAGCUUCCUGAUCCAGAACAUUAUUGGGAACCAGUCUUUGGUACUUGCGUUUUCCUCUUUUCUUUUGUGAUACCUGUUCUUAUAAUCACCAUAUGCUACAGCUUGAUGAUUAGAAGGUUGAAAAAAGUCAGAGUCUUGUCUGGUUCAAGGGAGAAGGACAGAAAUCUUCGUCGGAUCACACGACUGGUUCUGGUGGUUGUAGCUGUGUUUAUUAUCUGUUGGACCCCCAUACAGAUUUAUGUGCUGGUUCAGAACCUUGGAGCUAAGCCCAACAGUGAUAUCAAGGUUGCUAUCCUUCAUUUCUGCAUUGCUUUGGGAUAUAUCAACAGCAGUCUCAACCCUGUCCUUUAUGCCUUCUUAGAUGAGAAUUUCAAAGCAUGCUUUAAGAAGUUCUGCUUUCCCUCUGCCUUCCGUACUGAGCUGCAGAUGUCCAACCGCAUGUGCAGCAUUGCCAAAGAUGUUGCCUAUGCUUGCAAGAACUCAGAUGGGCCGAAUAAUCCGGCAUGA